CAUUGGAAUACAACUCAUUGAUAUUACAAUUUUUGAAUAUUUUCGCGCUAUUCGCUUUGUCGGAUCUAAACUUAAAUUUCUUUCGUUCUCAUGUCGUGUAGCACGCGGCCCUGCCUUGUACCUUGUCGAAAAUUUUAAAAUGCUGAAGAGAUGAAAAAACAACCCACUUGUAGGAUUGUAUAAACAACUUAACUUUGGUGCCAGGUCUGCAUAAUGGACGAAAGAACUGUGGCCAAUGAAAAUGACUGUUGCGGGAAUGGUUGUGUGAACUGUGUAUUAGAUGUGGGCCUUCGGAAAUCUGUGGCUAUUGAUCGACUUGGCAAACAUAAUAUCAUAUCGGCCUAUCAAAAAUUCCGAUUACUCAGCAAGCGUCCGCAUAAUCCGAAGGGUGAAAAGUCGAAUAAUAGUGAAGAUGAUCUGCCCGAAGUACUGGAACUUCACUUCAGUGUUGCUGAGCUGCCAAAUAAUGCGAGCGAUUAUAUUUUGGAAAUACCAGCCGGUCAUCACGUAAUGAUGCGCGCUAUACUGCCAAGUGGCCUUGUAUGGUUGCGACCUUAUUCACCUUUUUGGGUUGAUGUUUUGGCGAUGGAAUUCAAAAUCCUUGUAAAUCUUGCACCCAAUGGUCCGAUGUCACGUUUUAUUAGUAGUCUACAGGUUGGCGAUUCUGUGGAAUUCCGUGGUCCCAUAGGCGCACCUGAAACCAUAACCAGCCGUGAUACAGAACGUCAUAUUUUUGUUAUUACACAGGGUGUAGCAAUUGCACCAACGCUUCGUAUUGUUAAAGAAAUCCUUGAGAAUGACGAAGAUUUCAGUAAAGUUGUCCAGCUGGUGUGCUAUAGGGACUUACAGCAUGCAUUCUUUCGCGAUACAUUACGAGAAUUCAACAAAUAUUGGAAUUACACAAAUCGCAUAUAUCUCGCACAUCAGCGUUGUCCGUCGGAUAUGUGCAAAAACACUGAAUGCUCGGGGAAAUGCGCAUGGUUCUCAAAACAGUUAUGGUAUAAAGAAGCAGUUUUUUUGCGACGCUUGAAUGAAACAGAUUUAAUUGAUGUGUGCAAAUGUGUUAAUGAAGGUACAAAUUUAGAGUUUGUAAUUGCAGGUGAUAAACGAUUCCAAAAAAUUGUUGCCGAAAUGGUAGAAAAUUCCAAAGUGGGAUUUUUAGAAAAAAAUAUUUUGCUGUUAUAAAACUAAUUUAUAGUUAUGGGGAGGUUAGUGAAAUAAAAAAAUAUAUAAUUUUUGUAAAGUCUCA